UUUAGGUCAAGUAAGGGGUGCGACUAUAAUUUAUGGACGAACCAAUCACGUAUACGACAACAGGUUUCAGAUUUUGGCGCGAGGUUUUACUCAUUUGGCUAAAUAGUCUUGGCACUAUAGCUGAUGUCCGUUCGUGAUAAAAACCCUAAAUCUAAUUCUUAAUCCUAACCAUCAACUUUAUAUCAUAAUCCUUAUUCUUCAAACUGCUUUAUAACCCUCAUUUAACCAUAGUAAGUAGGUGAAUUAAACCCUCUUUGUAGUUUACAAAAUUUGAAGUCCAGCGUCAUCAUCACAACUUUUGCUUACAGGCUUCAGAACAGUAUUUUCUACCGGGAAUGUUUACGAACGAAAGUAUCAGUAGGGCUGUAGCUCCGACCCAAUCUCCAAAGUUUGGGGAAUUUCGGGUAAAUGUUGGUAAAUUUUGGGGAAAUCCACUAAGUCAAAUGAUCUUCACCAAGGUUAAAGGAGGAUUUUGGAGAAAUAUUGGUGAAUUUCUCCAGAUCUGGGGAAAUUUUAGGGUUUUGGUUCCAUUUCCUCAAAAUUCCCCCAAAGUUUACUGUAGCGGCUUCCCCAAAAUGGGUCAAAUUUUCCCCAAAAUUGGGAUCUCGGGGAUAUAUCGAACCUUCUAGACAAUAUCCUCUUAUCGGAAGAUUAUAACAAAUUAAAGCAAGCGACUAUUUAGCCCACCUUGGUGUCUAACCAGAAAGUGCUAAAAAAACUACCGAACGAGUGCGAGCUAGAAUAUAGGCUGUUGAGCCAAAUAUUGCGAGAGAUGGAACAGUUUAUUCGAUCUUGCAAAGCUGACGAUGCUUUCCUAAAACCAAUUUGAAUGCACCUCUCACCAUUGUCAGUAAGACAAGUCCUUUGCGUUUGGAGCCAGCCUUUAGACUUAAAAAAUCUGACUGAAAUGACAUAAAACUCAAGAGAUAACCCCCAGUAAUACUCCAUUCAUAUGACGUCACUAAUGUACAAAGUGCUCCUACAAGUUGUAGUAUUGUGUUGCCGGUGAUAGAGCUAGCAGAUCUUCGGAGCCAAUAUACAACUAAUUACCUGACCUAACACCUAAGGUAGCUUCAUUACAACUUUCUAUAUCUGCCUUAUCUGGAAAAGGGCGUGGUGACCCUCGGAACCGAAGCGACAGAUGACCUCAUUAAGGAACACCAGUAUUCAAGGUGCAUUUCUGUCUGUAUCACAAAAUAUGGUAAGUAGGCUACGAAAUGUGUUACCAUAUGUAAAUCCACUUUCUGCAUGCGAAAACAUGACACCAAACAGUAAUGACGACAACCGUUAUCGAUCAAAAGUCUAGUCCUACGUGCUGGAUGGAAUUUCAGACUUUCUAGUUGACACCGGAGCUGUAGUCGGUGUAACCCCAGACACGCUAGCCAGACUACAUAUACAUAGCAAUAAAUAGUCAUUAAGUGCAGCGAGCAAAACGGAGGUUGAAUAUUCGGGGAGCAAGCACUCAUUUUGGACCUCGGAGUUAGACAUCAAUUAAGUUGGGAUAUAAAAUUCAAAACAUUUCUUUUUAAGGGUGUUGCUUUCAAGUCAUGGCUUACAAUUGCACUUCUAUCUUUCUGUUAUGGAACCUUCGGAAGUGUUUUUCCCUCCGUACUACGAAGAUUGUUGUGUGUGGUCUAAGUUCAUACUCCUUUUUCAAAGUUUAUUCCUAUGGAUGAACUUUCAAACCACCUUACCAAUUCGUCCAAACCAAUUUAAAGCUCUAACCUUUCGGAAUCACUACAUAUUACUCUUUAAAUGUUUAUAUCAUUAGCAAGUAGAAGUGAUGAUUUAAAGUUUUUGAAAUUCGUUGACGUAAAGUAGCCAUAUCAGAGGACCAAAAAUAAUACUUCGAGGCACUACAUUGUAUAGGCUUCCAUCUGGAAAUCACCCAUUCAGUCACUUUGUCUUCUCACAUAUAAGGAGCUUCUCAUCCAGUCCUGCGUUUUCCUCCUUUUUCUUAAGUUGGAAAGCCUCUACAUAAGUCCUAAGCUAGGCACCUGAUCAAAUUCCUUGCUGUGGUUCUUGAAUACUACAUCGUCAGACAGACUGGAGAAUUCUUACUAAAUUGCUCUGUUACUGUGUUACGGCGAACGACUGGAUAUCUAACUACAUAGCAGCUGUGUAAAAAUCCAAAACAGUUUGGAUGUCGUUUGAUUCGGAGACCUUUAUCAAUAUAUCUCCAGUUUUUAUUCUUAAUAAACAAGCUCAUCUGCUUAAAACAGAUUUAUCCUGGACUUGUGAAGAUAGUGGUCCAUUCCAUAACAAAGUGUUUCGCGUUAGUGUCAUUGUAAAUCACCAUAAUCUAAAAAGCUCUGAGAUAUAUUAUGGUGUUGGAAGUAGUGUCAAGGAAGCUAGACGGAUGGCUGCUGAAAGUGCUUUACAAACUUGUAUCUUAUUUAAGUAUAAUGCUAGUUCAAGUAUUGGGGCUCUACGCACUGGAGGACCGUUUACAACACCGCGAAAUGCCGAUCCUUUCAUUAUUUUGAUUAAUUCUGAUCCAACAUCUUUAGCUCCAAAAGUACAGCUCAGGCAACUGCUUAAUUUACUUGGAUCAAAAGUGAGAUUUGUUCAUUCAAUGGGUGAUGCCAAUAAUAGUUUGCGUCCUAUCAUGUAUAGAGCGACAGCGGAGAUCGUUGGUCGACAAUAUGUUGGAAAUUCAACCACCAAAUCAGGUGCUGAACAAGAAUCAUGUUUAUCAGCUUUAAUGGCUCUUCGUCGGUCAUUGUUGUCUUACAUCAAGACUCAGAAACUAAGGAAAAAAGAACACGAUCACGACAAUAUGUACAUUAAUCGGUGUAUUCAUCCAAAAUCAUCAGUUUGGAGAUUGCGCAUUCUCGCUGGUCUACAUUUCAUUCAGCCACUUUUUAAGAUCCAAAAGUUAACCAAUUGUGAACCAAAUAAAUUUACGUGUAUAUGUUUAUUAGAUGGUUGGAAGUAUACUGAAAACCGAUCUAUCUCAGCUAAGAAAGCACAAAAUACUGCUGCUCAAUCAAUGCUAAAUAAUAUGAAUAAAAUUGAGAACAAAUUCUCAACAGUUCCAUUUUAUGAUAAACAAUAUGAUGUUACAUCAAAAUAUGUUCAUAAACAAAAUCAUAAACCAUGUAAAUUCAAACUACAAUUUAAUCAACAUCGUGCUUUUGAUGAAUCAGUCCAUCCUGUUUGUAGAUUGGAAUGUUACAGCAUUGUUAAUAACUUGGAUAAAGUAAAAUAUACAUUAUUAAAUGAUCAAUUACCAAGUGGAGAACAUGUAUCUUUAGCACCUGGUCGUCCUCCAUUUAUCUAUCAGAUUGAGUUCUCAAACAUGUGUAUUCAAGGCCCUGAAGCGAAUAAUAAACGUCUAGCGAAACGACUUGCUGCUGAAUUACUCCUUACUAAAUUGGGAUUGUCUAGUGAAAAAUCAUCUAAUGUCAAGAGUGUUCUUCGAAGUAAAGUUAUCGAAUCACUGGACAGUAAUACUCGUGCUAUUAAAAGUGUUUCAGAAAAUCUGUCCUGUGGUCUUGUUCCAGAAACUGUCAGUAAUGUACACAAAUCGUUAUCUCCCGUAGAAAAAUCAGACGAUCAGUCACAGGAUACUAUUUCUAACGAGGAACAUCAUGUGAACUUUAGUUGUACUAGUGAUAUUCUUAUCUUUGAUGAAGAAUUAGUGGACCCUGUUUUGCUGAGUAAAAGAACUUCUCGUCCCUUAAAAAGAAAAGAUAUUCAGUCUAGAACAAUAAGUAAUGGUUCGAUUCCGCGUUCUCACUCGAGUAUAAAUCUUUCAGUCAAUGAAACUAAUAACUUGCUUCAAAAUUAUUCUCCUACAUCAACUGAUCUACCGUUGAUUAAUUCAGUAUCUGAAAGAAAUAGGAAUAAUCUAGAUGUCUUCAGUAAAACCAUCGGUUAUUGGAUAGAUUCCAAAAAGUCAAAACCCAAUCAGAGGUCCUAUGCACGAAGUCAUUCAGAAGUUGAUUUCACUGAAGGUAGUCACUGGUAUCGAAAGUUCGAUGGCAUCUAUGAUAAUACAUCGCCUGAUAUUAUUACUGAUUGUACACGUUCUAAAUCGAAUAUAAGACUACAACUUUUGGCCCGUGUCGCUGAAUAUUGUUUACAAGAACACGCUCUCAACAAUUCAAUACACAAAAUGAAUGAAUAUCAUACGAGUCAAGUUACCAGUUUAACUGAUCAACUGGUGUUUCUGUGUAGGCGUCUGCUAGUUCCUUGUCAUUUUAUUGAAUAUCCACCCAAAUUAAACACAGUGUGCAAGUCUGAAAAAGAAUUCAACACUAAAUAUUAUUAUGAAUACACAGUUAUCUUAUUUGUUGGUAUUAAUCCUAUGAAAGAGAAUUCAAUCAUAAAUAAUUCAAUUAAUAGUAAUGGUUAUAUAACAGUAAAAGCUACAGAUUUAACAAGAAAUUCAGCAAGACAAAAAGCUGCCCAAAGUGUAAUAAAAUGUUUAACAAAAUUAAUUUGAAUAAUGAUUUCGAUUAUUUUCCUUUUUUUGUCUUCAUUUAAUUAAGAAAUGAUAAACUUUGUCCAGUUUUUAUUUAUCUAUUUCUUUUUUAGGAGGAUACAUGCUUUUGUAGUCAUCUAAUUCCUUUUCUUCGUUUACUCUUUACAAAAUACUUUUUAUCCGAAGGGGUUUUGUGGAGAUUUUAGAAAUUUCAAUAGUUGAAAUCAUGAGUCAACUGAAGUUAGAUCAUCAUGGAAAACCUGGAAGCACUAGACGGCCGUUUCGUCCUAGUAUGAGACUCCUAAGCAGUGCGCAUCCACGGUCCCGCUCCCCGCGGAGGAGUCCCCAUACUACGAUGAAGAGGCCGUCCAGUGCUUUCAGGUUUUCCAAGGUGGUCUAUCUUCAAUUGACUCAUGAUUUCAACUAUUGAAAAUACUUUUUGUUUUAGCAUUUUAACUUCUCAAAUUUUAUCAAAAGCAUUUAAGACAAAUUUCUGAAUCAUUAAUACUUUUCUAUUCUAUAGCUACAUUCAGAUUCUUUUUCUUUAAACUUAAAUCUCUACGAUACUUGAUAAUAGUUCAUUUAAAUGACAAUGUGAUUAUUUUCAACUCUCUAUACAGCACUACUUUUUAUUAAGUCAAAUUCUUUCUAGUAAACUUUUCACUCAUAUUUUCAUCAGCAAUCGUAUUUAUAUGACUAAUUGGAUUAGUUUUAUGAUGACAAACAGAUUGUUCUGUUAAAAUAUAAAUAAAUAAUGCUUAACCUAGC